AAGUGGUCGAGCGAUGAUGCCGUAGUUGCGGACAAAUUUCUUUCCUUAAGCCCGCCUGCUGCUGAUUUCCGGGGAUUUCAGAACCUCACUAAGCUUUGCCUGCAAGAUGUUAAUAUUACCAAUGAAGAUCUUCAGCGUUUGCUGUCUGAAGGCAAUCAUCUAGAGUGCUUACGUAUUGCCUGCUGUAAGAUGAUAUCUACUUUAAGGAUUCCGAAUUAUCUGAACCGCCUUAAGUUCUUGCUUAUUCUGAGUUGCCCGUUACUUCGAGACAUAACAAUAGAUUGUGGCGUGCCAGCACUGCACUAUAUGGGCUCAUUGGUACCACUGGAACUUGCUGCACCUUUCAAGCUAAGAAAUCUCUGGAUUGAUUUAUCGACUCGCCAUUCUGCUUUAGAAUUCAUCUCCAGUGAACUUCCCACAACAAUCCCUCAUCUCGAGUCACUCACGUUACAUUGCAGUCAAUUUGAGAGGGCUGAUGUGGUGAGCAGGCUUCGCAGUUUUUGUUCUCUGCGUCAUUUGAUAUUAUACUUGACUAUUUUUGACCUGCCACGACACACAAUUGAUAUCCUCGACCUUGGUUAUCUCCUAGAGGCUGCUCCGUCCAUGGAAAAGCUAGAGUUGCAUAUGGUAAUGUACUGUUUACACAAGCGGUAUUCUCAUGAAGAUGGCGAAUUGAGGAGUCUUCCUUCAUGCCCUCACUCACAUCUCAGUUUGGUAAAUAUAACUGGAUUUAUCGGUGAGAAAGAUCAACUAGAGCUGGCACUUCAUAUUCUCCAUAAUGCUAUGGUCCUCAAAGCAUUGAGGAUUCAUCCAAGGACGAGAACGGUUAGAUCUAUACCAGCGCAUGUUAGGUCGGAAUACCGUAUCGCCAAUGGUUACAGUGCUGCACUGGAAUUUCUUGCCAAAAGUGACCACGGUAAUGUGGUGGAAGUAGUUGGAGAUUUCCAUUUGCCUUCAUAAACCUCUUGCUUAGGGUUGUUUUGAGUGAUUUUCUUAAGUAAGUUGGUAUUGUAGCCAGGGUUCCUAUGAUCCUACGCCCUGUGGUGAAAAGGCCUGGUACCGGGGAUGUAAUUGAAUUCGAGUGAUUUGGUGAAACCGUACUAAAUCUCUAUAUUUUUUCUUCCAAAA